UCCCGCUGUCAGGAUGAGGAGGCGGAGGUCGGCGCUCGGGUCCGUCUCUGCCCGGGGCUGUGGCGGCGCCGGCAGCUCCAGCCUUAGCGGUUCCUCCCUGGGCGGCGGCGGCAGCGGCAGCGGGGGCUCCUCGGUCGACGCCUCCUCCGCCAGCUGAGCCAGCGGGAGUCCCAGACGCCGCUUUACCCCGCCACCCCCAUCCCCCGCCAUCCCCGCUCCCCGAGGCCGCCCGCCCGGCCAUGGCGCACCGGCCUGACGUUUCACUUCAGCAGCGGGUAGCAGAAUUGGAAAAAAUUAAUGCAGAAUUUUUACGUGCACAGCAGCAGCUUGAGCAAGAGUUUAAUCAGAAGAGAGCAAAAUUUAAGGAGUUAUAUUUGGCAAAAGAGGAGGACCUGAAGAGACAGAAUGCAGUGCUGCAGGCUGCGCAGGACGACCUGGGCCAGCUUCGGACACAGCUGUGGGAAGCUCAGGCCGAGAUGGAGACCAUCAAGGCCAUAGCCACCGUCUCGGAGAACACCAAGCAAGAAGCCAUCGACGAGGUGAAGAGGCAGUGGCGGGAAGAAGUGGCCUCGUUGCAGGCUGUCAUGAAAGAAACAGUUCGUGACUAUGAGCACCAGUUCCACCUUAGGCUGGAGCAAGAGCGAACGCAGUGGGCACAGUACCGCGAGUCUGCAGAAAGGGAGAUAGCUGAUUUAAGAAGGAGGCUGUCUGAAGGCCAAGAGGAGGAAAAUUUAGAAAACGAAAUGAAAAAGGCCCAGGAGGAUGCUGAAAAACUUCGAUCUGUUGUGAUGCCCAUGGAGAAGGAAAUUGCAGCUUUGAAAGAUAAACUGACAGAGGCUGAGGAGAAGAUUAAGGAACUGGAGGCCUCCAAGGUGAAAGAACUGAAUCACUAUCUCGAAGCUGAGAAAUCGUGUAGGACUGAUCUGGAGAUGUACGUAGCUGUUUUGAAUACUCAGAAGUCCGUGCUGCAGGAGGACGCUGAGAAACUGCGGAAAGAGUUGCACGAAGUUUGCCAUCUGUUGGAAGAAGAGCGCCAGCAACAUAACCAGUUAAAACACACGUGGCAGAAGGCCAAUGACCAGUUUCUGGAAUCUCAGCGUUUGCUGAUGAGAGACAUGCAGCGGAUGGAGAUCGUGCUAACUUCGGAACAGCUCCGCCAGGUUGAAGAACUGAAGAACAAAGAUCAGGAAGAUGAUGAACAGCAAAGACUUAAUAAGGGAAAGGAUCACAACAAACCAGAUGCUGAAGAAGAAGUGAAAGUACCAGUAGUGUGUGCUUUAGCUCAGGAAGACCCUUCCGCGCAGUUACCCAAUGAAGAGGAGCAUUUGGACAGCACCCACGGGUCAGUCCACUCAUUAGAUGCAGAUCUGCUGUUGCCGUCUGGAGAUCCGUUCAGUAAAUCGGACAGUGACGUAUUUAAGGAUGGACUCAGGAGAGCACAGUCUACAGACAGCUUGGGAACCUCCGGCUCUUUACAGUCUAAAGCUUUAGGCUAUAACUGCAAGGCCAAGUCUGCUGGCAACUUGGACGAGACGGAUUUUGGACCAUUGGUGGGAGCAGAUUCAGUUUCGGAGAAUUUCGAUACUGCAUCCCUUGGGUCACUGCAGAUGCCUAGUGGAUUUAUGUUAACCAAAGAUCAGGAGAGAGCAAUCAAGGCGAUGACGCCAGAGCAGGAGGAGACGGCGUCCCUCCUGUCCAGCAUUACCCAGGGGCUGGAGAGCGCGUACGUGUCCCCCAGCGGUUACCGCCUGGUCAGCGAGACAGAAUGGAAUCUCCUUCAGAAAGAGGUACACAAUGCUGGAAAUAAACUUGGUAGACGCUGCGAUAUGUGCUCCAAUUAUGAAAAACAGCUACAAGGAAUUCAAAUUCAGGAGGCUGAAACGCGAGACCAGGUAAAAAAACUGCAGGUGAUGUUGAGGCAAGCUAACGACCAGCUGGAGAAGACGCUGAAGGAUAAACAGGAGCUGGAGGAGUUCGCGCGCCGGAGCAGCGAGGAGUCGGCGCAGCAGAUCUCGGCCCUCGUCCUGCGAGCCCAGGCAUCCGAGGUGUUCCUGGAAGAGCUGCAGCAGGGCCUCGCCCAGGCGAAGAGGGAUGUUCGGGAGCAGAUGGCAGUGCUGAUGCAGUCCCGGGAACAGGUUUCUGAAGAGCUGGUGAGGUUACAGAAGGAUAAUGAGAGCCUGCAGGGCAAGCACAGCCUGCACGUGUCGCUGCAACAGGCUGAAGACUCCAUCCUCCCGGACACUGCCGAGGCACUCCGGGAGCUGGUCUUGAAGUACCGGGACAGCAUCAUCCACGUGCGGACGGCAGCAGACCACACGGAGGAGAAGCUAAAGGCCGAGAUACUCUUCCUGAAAGAGCAGAUUCAAGCAGAGCAGUGUUUAAAAGAAAACCUCGAGGAAACGCUGCAGCUCGAAAUAGAAAGCUGCAAGGAGGAGAUCGCAUCCAUUUCUAGCCUGAAAGCUGAAUUAGAAAGAGUGAAGGUAGAAAAAGGGCAGUUGGAGUCCACACUGAAAGAGACGUCGCAGCAGCUCGAGAGCUCACAGGAGGCGCAGAGCAGCCUGGAGGAGCAGCUGAGGAAGGAGGCUGCCGCCAAGGCUUCGGCUGAGCAGCUCAUGUUUGAAGAGAAGAACAAGGCGCAGAGGCUGCAGACGGAGCUGGAUGUCAGUGAGCAAGUCCAGAGGGAUUUUGUGAAGCUCUCGCAGACCCUGCAGGUGCAGCUGGAGCGGAUCCGGCAGGCGGACUCUGUGGAGAGGAUCCGGGCCAUUCUGAACGGCACCAAACUGACAGACAUUAACCAGCUCCCCGAGACAUGACACGCGGCGGCAGGAGUCCAGCCUGCACGUUGGAUUUUUAACUCAUCUUUAGAGCAACAUUAUUAUUUAACUCUUAACCGAAGAAGUGGAAAUCACAACAAAAGGAAGACUGGGGAAAAGCUUAUUUCCAGUGGGGAGGACAGUGC